GUGUGGUCAGUAGUUAGCCACACCUUUUACAGGUCAUCAGUGGUGAAGAACGAGGUGAAGAAUAAUGACUGCUGUCCUUCAGCUUCUUGUUCCUCUACUAUUGGCAGCCAUAGCUCCGGUGCAGGCUGCCGGCCCUUCUAAUGGGGACCUAAGACUGGUGAAUAGUACGGGGGGCCCCUCUGCACUUGAGGGGGCCCUGCAGAUAUAUUUAGCUACUAAUGGGACCUGGGGGGCAGUCUGUGUUAGAGCUGGUAGCAACAAAGAGCUAUACAACACUGUGUGUCAGCAGUUAGGGUAUACUGGAGCUGAUGGAACUGGUUCUUAUGUUACUAAUGUCAGUGUCAAUAAUGUGACCAAUGAUGAAUUCCCUGCCCCAUUGUUAACUGGCGUACAGUGUUCUAGUGUUUAUCCUCAUUUACUGAGGUGUGGCUAUACACUAGUCACUGAUGUGAUGGAGGAUAUCUGUGAAGACGGAACUGGAGUACCUUACGUAACCUGCAUGAGUUCUAACCUGACGUCCAGUGGUCCCUAUCCCGGUCAGGUUGCUCUGUUUUAUGGUGAGUGGUCGUCUGAAGGAUUGCUGCAGGUGUAUCUCAACAAUCGCUGGGGUACUGUCUGUUCUGAGUUCUUUACACUAGCCAAUGGUGACUCAGUCUGUCAGCAGUUGGGUUACACUAAUGCUCUUUAUUACGGCCCUUACUCUCAGUAUGGUAUCAGGUGGAUUUGGUUAAGAGAGCUCAAUGCUACCUGUAACUCCAGCUGCUUUAAAGACUGCUACACUGCACCAACCAUUAGGAACAUAUACUGCAGUAACCGUGACGAUGUCUACCUUGUAUGCACUUUUGAUACUACAAGAUAUGAUAGUUCACUGCCGUAUGGAAGGAAUUGUUCAUUAGAGUAUGGUACUCUCACUGCUGCCUUCAUUGCAGUACUGAUGAUACUGUUCUGUCUGAUAGUCUCUGUUUAUAUUAUUAUAUUCAUAAUGAGGGUUGUAGUGGCGGCCUAUCAUAAGACAGAGCACUAUAAACUGAAGGACAAGCGCCACAGAAAUAGGAGACAUGAUUUUGAUGAAUAUCGCUCCAGUCUUGAUGAGAAUUCAAUGAUACUCAGUAAUGACUAUACAGUGAAAGACUAAAUGACCUCUCUUUACCUCCAAACACAAUAAUGUCUUUUUAAAACAAAUUUUAUUGAGUGAUAAUAGCUUUCUAAAAUCCA